GAUGUUGUGGCCUUGUCGCACCAAAAUCGAGGGCUGCAUAGUAUCAGCGAUGUCUCCAAUCGCCAAAAAUAUCAUGAAUUUCAGCUUGGUCGGGAAGGACAGGAGAGUUUUACAGUCCAGCUGCAGGCUGGUCAGAACAUGCUGCUUGAAAUCUUGGCCAACCCCUCUCUAGGAGGCUAUUAUCGUCGCCUAGUCUUGUAUGGGAGUGAAACGGGCUCCGGCUUUCCUCCCUACGAAUCCGAGCCCGAUAUCUACAGACUCAAGCAGGCCCUCAAGAAGGCUGGCGUAGAAAAAGUCCAAGAUCGAGAAUCUAUCCUAUCUAUCCUUUGGCAAGAUCCGCUCUACUUUAGAUCUCCCUCUUAUCCGAAAGCAAUCGAGUUUAGAGAUGCGCUUAUUAUGAUGCUAGCCGCAAAUGCCCCUAACCUUGAAUCCCUAUCUAUGUAUCCCCUAGAAUUCCCUCAAAACAUGCUUAAGCCACUUCUCCAGCGAGCUUCUAAAGUAGUACCCGGCUUAGGCACGAUAUAUGUGGAAGAUCCAUACUACAAUCGCCUAAACGUGGUACGAAAACUGCCAGCUAUUGAAUCCGUCGCUUUUAGAUUAGCAUCGUGGGAUAAUAACGCUGGACUACCACUUCCACCGCACUGCGCCAAUUAUAGCAAGAUUAGCUUUAUACACUCCUUGAUGCAGGAACAUGAUCUUUGUCGAAUCAUUGAGUCGUUAAAAACACUAAAGAGCUUUACUUUCACUGUAGAUGGGCGAAAGGACCCGGAAGGGGGUAUUACUAUACUAAGCGUGGCGCCAUUACUUCAGUCCCUUUGGUUUCAUCGAUAUACCUUAGAGGUACUGGAUCUUGAUAUGGAAUCUUGUACGAAUUGGCAAGAGUUUUAUGAUACGAAUUACCAGCUGGAUGAGAACGAAGGGCUCGAUGAGGAUGAACAGAAAUUUUAUAAAGAAUAA